GAAUCCAUCAAGAUUUUUUUUCAUAUUAUCAACCAAAGCUAGUUUCAACUGCUUGAUUUCACAUAUCUCAUAAAGCGGAGAGAUCAAGAGAGUGACAAAUAUAGAUUCGCAUAUAUAUAUAUAUAUAUAUGUAUGUGUGUGUGUAUUAUGUAGGGAGAGAGGAGGGAAAGGAAGAAAUCAGAUUUUGUCAACUUUGUUUUCUUAGAUUUUGAUUUAUUAUUUUUGUGAAAUUUGAAUUAUUGUUUGGCUUUUGAUCAAAACUCUAGAAAGCUGGGUUUUCUCUGUUUCCCUUCAAUUACUCCAAGCUAUGGGGAGGCAUAAAAGCAACAACAACGGCCGAUGGACAGUGGUCGCCGGCGGACAACAAUGGCCGAUGAAUGGUGGUUACCGGUGAAAAAUUGUGGAUGGUGGUCGCCGUGGACAAACAACGAUGGUGGUUGGGAUUGUUCAUCGACGCGUAUCUCGCUCUCUCUAUCUCUUUUCGAUUGCUCAACUGUCUCUCUACUCUUUCACGCUUUCAACAAAAAUUUGGUUUUAAUUUAUUAUUAUUUUAAUGAAGUGAUCUCAGCCGCCCAUCUCCCUUAGUCCAAUCUGGGCCGUUCCCAUAAACCCUAGUUUUAAAGGUCUCACUUUCCUACCUACCGACAUUCUCUCAGUCAAGUUCGUCCAUCAAUGUUUGCUUCUCAAAUCCUCCUGCAGCACCUUUCUAUUCCAAAAUCCCUAAAACAUCAUUCAAAUGCAAGCCAAAACUCCUUCUUCCUAACAACCUACAAACCCUCCUCAAGGACCACCCUAAAGCUAAGGGCAAUCCUUUCGGAAAACUCUUUGUUUAAGCAUUGCUUCAGCAAAUCCGAAGAUGGGUAUUUGUGCUGUGAGGGUCUUAGGGUUGAGGAUGUGAUGAACAAUGUUGACAGGAGUCCUUUUUAUCUCUACAGUAAGCCCCAAAUCACUAGAAACUUCCAAGCUUAUAGGGAUGCUUUGGAGGGUUUGGAUUCGAUUAUUGGAUAUGCGAUUAAAGCCAACAACAAUCUUAAGAUUUUGGAGCACUUGAGGAAGUUGGGAUGUGGGGCUGUGUUGGUUAGUGGCAAUGAGCUUCGCUUGGCUCUUCAUGCUGGGUUCGAUCCCACUAGGUGUAUCUUUAAUGGGAAUGGAAAGUUGUUAGAGGAACUGGUGCUAGCUGCUCAAGAAGGUGUUUUUGUCAAUGUUGAUAGUGAAUUUGAUUUGGACAAUAUUGUAUCAGCGGCAAGAAUUGCUGGGAAGAAGGUUAAUUUACUGCUUAGGAUUAAUCCAGAUGUGGACCCUCAGGUCCAUCCUUAUGUUGCCACUGGUAAUAAGAACUCCAAAUUUGGCAUUAGAAAUGAGAAGCUGCAAUGGUUUCUACAUGCUGUGAAGGCAUAUCCUAAUGAACUGAAGCUUGUGGGGGCCCAUUGCCAUCUUGGUUCAACCAUCACUAAGGUUGACAUUUUCCGGGAUGCUGCAGUCCUUAUGGUGAAUUACAUUGACCAAAUUCGCGCCCAAGGCUUCAAAAUUGACUAUUUAAACAUUGGAGGCGGGCUGGGGAUUGAUUAUUAUCACACUGGUGCUGUCCUUCCUUCUCCCAGAGAUCUGAUUGACACUGUACGGGAGCUAGUCUUGUCACAAGAUCUCAAUCUCAUCAUUGAACCUGGGAGAUCACUAAUCGCAAAUACUUGUUGCCUGGUUAAUCGUGUCACUGGGGUCAAAACUAAUGGAACAAAAAAUUUUAUUGUGAUUGAUGGUAGCAUGGCAGAGCUUAUCCGCCCGAGUCUUUAUGAUGCUUAUCAACACAUAGAGCUAGUUUCUCCUUCAUCACCUGGUGCUGGGAUUUCUACUUUUGAUGUGGUGGGCCCAGUUUGUGAAUCAGCAGAUUUCUUGGGAAAGGAUAGGGAGCUUCCAACUCCAGUUUCGGGAGCUGGCUUGGUAGUUCAUGACGCAGGGGCUUAUUGCAUGAGCAUGGCAUCAACUUACAAUCUCAAGAUGCGCCCACCUGAGUACUGGGUUGAAGAAGAUGGAUCCAUGGCCAAGAUCCGUCAUGCAGAGACAUUUGAAGACCAUAUAAGAUACUUUGAGGGUCUUUAGUACUUGUAGAAGAGAGAGGCUUGUUAACAUUAGCUUGCUUAGUAUUUGUGUGCCUUAUUUGAUUAAGAGUAAUGAUUGAUAUUAUGAACUAGUUAUAUUAAUCAAACUGAACUAUUACUAUUGCUCAAGA